AUGGAGUGGGAAGACGAAGAAAAGAUUCCAGAUGCUUUCAUGAAUGAGUACGGAACUCCUACACUGGAUACACAGAUAGAUCGAUUGGUAUUUCAACCGCAAGUGAAACGUUCAAAGCGUACACGCAAACCGAUGUUGUUGUUGGAGAACGGAUCAGAUCCCGAAGAAAUUUUGGAAGAAAGCGAUGGACCACUAUCAUCAAAGCAUGCAAGGACUGUUGACGACGAUCUUAUAGCUGAAACUGGUUUCGCUUACGCUGUAAGUGUGAGUGUAGAAUAG